AUGUUUCCCUUUCAGCACCAUGCAGGCAACCCAGACCCAGGCCUGCCGAUACCUGGUAUUUCACGGCGUAGCUCUCUCGAUAGCUCCCAAAAUCACUCUCAGCAAAAUCAUUCCCAGCAGCUGGUUUAUGAAACGACGAGAGUCUCUCCAGGUCUCGAUUCUCCAACGCUGAACAAGGGCAUUCCACGAGUAUCCUCGAAUGCAACUUUUCGAGCACCCUUCCUUUCUCCCGCUUCUCGUCCUGGCUCGUCAUUGUGGAGCCCUCCUUCAUAUCCGUACCUUAACCAAGGACCCGACUCUCCUGCAGCUUCUUCAACGGCACUGGCAUCUGGUCUGGCAAAGUCAAAGCCUCCAGGUCCCAGUACCAAAAUCGCGGCAAAGCUCACCGUCGACGAUAAGCCGUGGCUCAAAGAAGGUGACCGCAGAGGACGUGCGAGCUGGUGGAUUACGUUUGUUAUCAUAAUGCUUGGUGUGGCUGGAGCAGGUCUACUUUGUUGGUCUGGCAUAAAUGGUAUCGACAUGCUCAAGGACAGCGAUUUAUGCAUGGUCAUGGAUGAGGAUUGGAGUAAUGGUAUCUCCGAUGACAAUUGGUCUAAGGACGUGAUGCUUGGCGGUUUUGGAAAUGGCGAAUUUCAGGUCGCUACCGAUUCUGACAAGAAUGCCUACAUUAAUAAUGGUCAACUUUACAUCAUGCCUACGCUUACGAGUGACGACAUUGGCACAGACUCUAUUUUCGAUGGCUAUACUUACGACGUGGAUAACUGCAGUACCGACAACUCGACAGCCUGCUCUGUAACAUCGGAAAAUAGCACCAAAACUGUCGUAAAUCCCGUUCUCAGCGCUCGGAUCAAUACCAAAGGAAAGAAGACCAUCGCUUAUGGCAAAGUUGAGGUUAAAGCGAAGCUGCCGAGGGGUGACUGGUUGUGGCCCGCAAUAUGGAUGCUCCCAGAGGACAACACGUAUGGUGCUUGGCCACUGAGCGGAGAAAUCGACAUUCUUGAGGCUCGCGGGAACCUUGCAGAUUAUGGAGGUCAAGGCGUCAACUAUGUUCGCUCGUCCCUCAACUUUGGACCUAUGGAUAGCCUGUUGACCAAGAUAUACGGAUGGUGGGAAACGAAGCGGGGUGGUUACCACGAAGACUUCCACACAUAUACAAUGGAGUGGGACAGUGACUUCAUUCGAAUGUCCGUUGAUUCACGGCUUCAAGCCAUGGUGGAUAUCACGAUGAAGAAAGAGAAGCAGAGUUUCUGGAACAGGGGAGAUUAUCCUCAAACAGCCCAGAACGGCAGUGCAGAAGUCGUCGUUGAGAACCCUUGGGAAAAUAGCGGGUGGUCUGCGCCUUUCGAUCAACAAUUCUACCUUAUCAUCAAUGUCGCAGUCGGGGGCACUAGUGGGUGGUUCCCUGAUGAUGUGGGUGAUAAGCCAUGGCAUGACGGCUCGUUGACGGCGAUGUAUGAUUUCGCCAAGGCGCAGGAUACAUGGAGUGCGACGUGGCCUUCCAGUGCCGACGAUAGGGCAUUUAGAAUCGAUUAUGUCAAGAUGUGGAAGCUGGGAAGCUGUUAA